UGAGCCAAACCAACUCACGGAACGGGUGUUAAUUUUUUUUUUCUUUCAAACUCCCAUUCUCGCGAGAAGACGGUUUGACACUUCCGCGAAGAUGGCUACCUGGGGAAGAGUUUGCAUGAGUUUGAGGAGAGGUUUUGGUAGAUUUACAGGUUUUAAACGCGCUGGGGUCCGCCGAGCAGUCGGACCUGGGUUGCUGGGGUCUCUGGUGUUCGGGAGCGGCUUGGCAUAUUAUCGGUACGGGUCAUGGGCCGGGCCCAGCCACUACACCGUGCAUGCUGCACAGGAGGAAAAGAGCGCAGGGGAGGAGGGGAUCUCUCCCAGGAAGCGUCGCUUCCAGCAGUUUGCCACCAUGGAGUAUGAAGAGGAGUCCUACAUGACACCGAGAGAUUUCCUCUACUCCAUCAUGCUGGAGAAUGAGGACCAUGAGUGCAGCGGGAUAUUGCAUCACAGUAAGAAGAACAUGGGCAAAGACAAACUGAAAAAAAAGAUCCUGACCAAAAAGGAAAUUGAUGCGAUGUUGAUAACGGCCUCGAAAGCAAAAGCCGGUUCCAGCCUCUUCAGGAGCAUGGGGGAUCAUGGAUUGAUAUCCUACACAGAAUACCUAUUCCUGUUGACUAUUCUUACAAAGCCAUGCACUGGAUUUCAUAUCGCUUUCAAAAUGCUUGAUGUAGAUGGCAAUGAGCAGGUGGACAAAAAGGAAUUUUUGAAGCUGAAAAACAUCAUUGGGAAGACAAAAGAGGUGAAAAUGUUUAAAGACGACAUGGAGGACUCUGUGAAUGAAAGCCCUGAGCAGAUUAACACAACACUGCUUGUGUAUCUGUUUGGCCGGGCUGGGAAUCAGAAGCUCCAGUACCAGGAGUUUCAAAGGUUCAUGGAGGAUCUGCAAGCUGAAAUGCAGGAGAUGGAGUUCAUGCAGUUUUCCAAAGGCAUGGACACCAUGAGGAGAGAGGACUUUGCAGAGUGGCUGCUCCACUACACCAACGAAGAGGACAACGAGGCCUACUGGGAGAACAUGAGGAAGAGGAUUCCGCCAGGCCAGAGCAUCAGUUUUGAAGAGUUUAAAUCGUUCUGUCUGUUCACCAACAACAUGGAUGAUUUUGCCUUCACUAUGAAAAUGAUCAGUGAAGCCAACCGGCCCAUUAAAAUGGCUGAAUUCAAAAGGGCCGUGAUGAUCGCGACGGGACAUGAGCUGUCUGAGAGCGUUCUGGACACUGUCUUCAAGAUAUUCGACCUGGACGGAGACAACUGCCUCAGCCACAAGGAGUUCCUGGGAGUGAUGAAUGACCGAAUUCGGCGCGGGUUAAAGGUGCAACCCCAGCAGGGAAUCCAGGGCUACUGGAAGUGUGUGAAGAGAGAGACUCUGAAAGGGGCACAGGAAGCGCUGCGGCAGACUGGGAGAAGCCCCUUCUGAUUCCUGCCCGAUCUGCACCUUCUUUCACUCACUGAUUCUUUAUACUUGCACGCUGGGGUUGCAGUUUCUAUACAAUGAUAUCAUAUUACUUUGCUUGGUUGUUUGGGUUCCACAGAUGUUUUUGGUAUCGCUCCCAAUUAUUCUUUAAAGUGACUAGUUUUUUUCUAAUUGGUUUCUAAUAAGAUCCCCUAUAAACAGGCAAUAAUGGGGUUUUUUUUGGUUUUCUUUUUUUUAUAUAUUUUGAUAACAAAAUGAAUGAUUCAGAAUGUUUUUCUAGUAUUUUUUUAUUAUUGAAUGUGUUGCAAAUUAUGAAAAAUAAAAUGCCACAAAUAUGUGCUGUUAAACAGCCUGUAUUCCCUUCUGGCUCUUCUUAUUCUAACACUACUCAGUGUUACAAGUGGCCAGAUUCACAAAGCAUUCAUGCUGUAUGUCACGCAGAAUCACGCUAUACUUCUUUGUUUGAUUAUGUCAUCAUCACUGGAGAAAACAAGCGUUUAAAUUGUGAAAUCGUGGCAUUAAAGCAACUCUUCGUGGGUAAAGUGCAGUGCACAGAAACAGGGCACUGAUUUAGUGAUGCACCCUGCUCACUUUAACAGGACCGAUUUGGAAAAACGUCUGCAUGUUGUUUGCAUGUUGUCUGCAUGUUGUUUGCUGUGUUUGCUCAGCUCAUGGAGUGCCUGUGUUUUUGCAUUUCACAUGGGUUAAGGGAGGGGAUGCUCUCAAACUGAAUGUGUUUCAAAACGUACUCUCUCUGUUGGGUGAGUUUUAAUCUCUGUUUGUUUCUAAACAUGAUUUUGUCAGUGGUGUUGGACGAAUACUACAGGUUUUGUCUUUUUGUUUUUGGUUUUUAUUAAACAAAUGUAUAGCAAAUAUAAUAAAGCUUGUACUUUUUGCAGA